CCUGCUCGCUUCGCCUCGCUCCAUCUCACUCUGCCUCUCUCCCUCUGUGUGCACUUCUAAACAAAUUACUCUCUUUAUCUGAGCCUCAGCGGGGCUCGCCUGCAGAACUGGCCCGGUCAGUGCGUGGAUCUUCUGGGGACGAAGAGCUGCUCGGAAAUGAAGAGGGAGAACAGGUUGGUUCGUUGGAUCUGGUGGGCCGUGGUUGUGACAGCUUUGUUCCUGCUGGGCUUCAGCAUCGGCUGGUUUGCAAAGCGUUCAAACACAACUACUGAGAACCACGAGGCCUCCAGCAAAUACCUUGAGGAGUUUUUAGAUGAAAUGCAGACGGACCAAAUCAGAGAGCAUCUCAGGAAAUUAACCCGUCUCCCUCAUCUGGCUGGAACUGAACAGAACCUGAAAUAUGCAGAGCAAAUCAUGAAGGAGUGGCAGGACUUUGGAUUGGACUCAGUGGAGAUGGUGCCCUAUGACAUCUUGUUGUCCUAUCCCAAUAAAUCCCAGCCAAACUACAUCUCCAUAGUGGACCACAUCGGCAACGAGGUUUUUAACACCUCCUUGGCCGAGCCGGCCCCACAAGGCUAUGAGGACAUCUCUAACAUUGUGCCUCCAUACAGCGCCUACUCUCCCAAGGGACAUCCACAGGGAGAUUUGGUGUACGUGAACUACGGUCGAACAGAGGACUUCUUCCAGUUAGAGAGAGAGAUGGGCAUCAAUGUGACAGGGAAGAUUGUUAUUGCCAGAUAUGGGAAAAUAUUCCGAGGCAAUAAGGUGAAGAACGCCAUGUUAGCCGGAGCGAAGGGGGUGAUUUUGUUCUCAGAUCCUGCAGAUUACUGGGCUGCGGGAGUCCAGCCUUACCCCGAUGGCUGGAACCUGCCUGGUGGAGGAGCUCAGAGAGGAAAUGUUCUCAACCUGAAUGGAGCAGGAGACCCCCUCACACCUGGCUACCCGGCUAAAGAAUACACCUACAGACUCGACCCGGAGGAAGGAGUAGGACUUCCCAAGAUUCCUGUUCAUCCAAUCGGCUUUCAUGAUGCAAUUCACCUCUUGAAAAACAUGGGGGGACAGAUUCCUCCCAACAAUUGGAAAGGAGCUCUGAAUGUGUCCUACAAGACUGGUCCAGGCUUCACAGAAGGCUUCAGGAGCCAUAAGGUGCGAAUGAACAUCCACAGUAACAACCAGGUAACCAGGGUCUACAACGUCAUUGGAAAGAUCAGAGGAGCUCUGGAGCCAGACAGAUAUGUGAUUCUGGGAGGGCACCGCGACGCCUGGGUGUUUGGAGGAAUCGACCCGAUGUCCGGAGCAGCGGUGGUCCAUGAGACUGUGAGGAGUGCUGGAAAGCUGCUCAAAAAAGGUUGGAGGCCGAGGAGGACUGUGAUAUUUGCCAGCUGGGAUGCAGAGGAGUUUGGUCUUUUGGGCUCAACAGAGUGGGCCGAGGACAAUGCCAGGCUGCUACAGGAGAGAGCCGUGGCCUACAUCAACGCAGACUCCGCCAUAGAGGGCAUGUACACACUGAGGGUUGACUGCACUCCAUCGCUGCACACGUUGGUGUACAACCUCACCAAGCAGAUAGCAAGUCCAGAGGAGGGAGAGGAUGGAGUUUCUCUGUAUGAGAGUUGGCAUAAAAGGGACAACUGGACCAAUGAUCGUGAUGCACCCCGGAUCAGUAAGCUCGGGUCAGGCAGUGAUUUUGAGGCCUAUUUCAUCCGUCUGGGAAUCGCUGCAGGGAGAGCCAGAUACACUAAGAACAAGAAAACAGAGCGCUACAGUAGCUACCCCGUCUACCACAGUGUGUACGAAACCUUUGAGAUAGUGGAGAAGUUUUACGACCCCACCUUCAGGAGGCUCCGGGCCGUGGCUCAGGUAAGAGGAGGUCUCAUCUUCCUGUUGGCUGAUUCCCAGGUGCUUCCUCUUGAUGCUACUGAGUAUGCAGACUCCCUGAGGAAGUACGCACAGAGCAUUGCACAUCUGGCCCAGGCAAACGCAGAACAAAUGCAGACGUACAAAGUGUCAUUCGAGCCUCUGUUUUCUGCGGUGGAGAACUUCACAGCCGCAGCCAGAGAUUUCCAAGAGCGUCUGCAAACUCUCAACACACAGGAUCCUCUACAGGUGCGAAUGGUGAAUGACCAGCUCAUGUACCUCGAGAGAGCCUUCAUCGACCCGCUCGGCUUACCAGGCAGACCCUUUUACAGGCAUGUGAUUUUCGCUCCCAGCAGCCAUAACAAAUAUGCAGGGGAGUCUUUUCCCGGGAUAUACGACGCACUCUUCGACAUUGAGAACUCAGCUGACCCGGAGAAGGCCUGGCGGGAAGUCAAGCGUCAAAUCAGCAUAGCAGCAUUCACGGUGCACGCCGCUGCCGUCACUCUGACCCCACCUGCAUGAAAGCGCACAAACCUGAGGACACCGGGAUAUCACGAUGUGAUGAGACUGUAUUUUAUUUAAUUUCAUUUCAACACACUUAGGCAGAGCAAUCUCUGCACUUUAUCAGGUCCGUUUUCCAGACCUUGGUGACAGCUGUAAUUGUGAUCACGAAGUAAAAAGGUGGUGUUUUUUUUUUUUUUUUUUGGUUGUUUGUACUCAAUUGUUUGCUGCAAGAAACAGUUAAAAGAAACGGAAUAAACCAGUUCAAAUAUUCCAAAAUAAGUCACUCUUGAUGUUGUAGUUUAAUGGUCACAGAACAGGAAGAAUAAAAGUUACACGGCAGUGAAUUCAUUAUGUUUUUUUAGUAAAUUACUUGUAUUAAAUCUAUUAAUUUUAGUGUAACAAGGCUGUAAUCAUUAAAGCAUUAAUUCAUAGAUA